UCCCGGGAGCCAUGGCGGCGCCGUAUGGAUUGUUUUGAGCAGUUACCCUGGGCUUUUUGGAUCUUCCGCUGGAUCCUAAAGUAUAUGGAACGUAAAGAUGAUCUCGGAUCGCACAAGAUACACUCAGUCCGAAAGUGUGUAGGGAAAAAAAAUAGCGAAGGGAUUUAUCGGAACCUUAUGCCACAGUUGUGGAAGUGUCAGUGUGGAAACGGAGGGGGUUAGGGUUUGGAAAGCGUUAAAAGUGUAUAAAUUAGUUGCGAGUGUUUUUUUCAACAAAUAAAUAUAUUCGGAAGAGUGCAGUCGGGGAUAUAGGCUAGUGCAUACCACCGCUUCCAGGGUGUUUGAAGUUUUUUUUCUUUUUGGGAUACGUAGCCUAGUCGUAAUUUUCAGGUGUCUAGUUACACUUUUAUCAGCAACUGUAUAGCUCAUUCAGUGGCUCAUUCCGUACUCGAAGAUAGGCUAUGUUCACGUUACUUGGAUAUUUUAUUGGAUCAGAGACGUGAGAGGUGUCGUACAAGGAUUACAUUUGUGAUGCUAUUUUCUUUCACGUUGAUAAAAGUUGUUAAAGGUAACCUUUAAAGUUGGUGGCGGAAAUUAGGAAUCGUGAAGAAACGCUGCCUAGCCCCAAACUGGCUACGUGGUUAGAAAGUAACGCGUACCCGCGAGAGCAGGACUUUGGAAUGCUUGGAAAUGUAAUCGGAGCAGCGACCUGUUGCCAAAUCGGAGCUGCGUUGAAAACAUAGCCUCUUAAAACGGUUUGUACAGAUUCCAAAAUAGGUUGAUAACUCCAUAGCCAUUUUUAAUACGCUGUGAUCAAUUUACACCGGUAUACUUGCAAGCGUGACCACCACUUAUUUGGACAUUUUUACGCCACUUUUUGCACCCACUACUCGGCACCUUAUGGUGCGGCUGCAGGGACCAAGACAUGGAUAUUUCACGGGCCGGUUUCCCAAACGGUGAAGUGCGGCCGAGCAGUAGCGGUGAACAUGCCGGGGCAGAGUCCCCCACCGCACGGGCCUGGGCUCACUCUGCUCCCUUGUGCCGAUCGUUAUGGACCGCAGUCUAUGACUAUGAAGCGAGCGGGGAAGACGAGCUUAGCCUGCGGCGUGGGGACGUGGUGGAAGUGUUGUCUAAAGAUGCUGCCAUCUCGGGCGACGAGGGGUGGUGGACGGGGAAAAUUAACCACCGCGUUGGCAUUUUCCCUUCCAAUUACGUUACCUACCAACCAGCCAUUUACCACAGACUUCCCGCCGGCGGCGCGGCAGGGGUGCGACAGAGUGGACCAAGUUCUCCCGUUCAAAUAAUAUUCAGCGAACUGGUGUUGGAGGAGAUUAUCGGUGUAGGUGGUUUUGGGAAAGUUUACAGGGGGACCUGGAAGGACCAAGAAGUAGCAGUCAAGGCAGCUCGGCAGGACCCGGACGAAGACAUCACAGCCACCGCAAACAGCGUCAAACAAGAGGCGAAACUGUUCUCCAUGCUACAACACCCAAAUAUAAUAAAACUUGAAGGGGUCUGUCUUGAGGAGCCUAACCUGUGCUUGGUUAUGGAAUAUGCCAGAGGGGGGACGUUGAAUCGGGCUCUGACGGGUAGGAGGAUACCUCCACACAUUCUUGUGAACUGGGCUGUCCAGAUCGCCAAGGGUAUGCAGUACCUUCACGAAGAAGCCGUUGUUCCAAUUAUUCACCGAGACUUGAAAUCCAGCAACAUUUUAUUACUUGAAACGAUUGAGAACGAUGACAUCGGCAAGAAGACGCUGAAGAUCACGGACUUCGGGCUGGCCAGAGAGUGGCACAAGACCACUAAAAUGAGCGCGGCGGGAACAUACUCGUGGAUGGCUCCUGAGGUCAUCAAGUCCUCUCUGUUCUCCAAAGGAAGUGACGUAUGGAGCUAUGGGGUGCUGCUGUGGGAGCUGCUGACGGGGGAGGUCCCGUACAGAGGGAUUGACGGCCUGGCGGUCGCGUACGGAGUGGCAGUCAACAAGUUAACCCUUCCCAUCCCGUCCACCUGCCCCGAACCCUUCGCCAAGCUCAUGGAAGAAUGUUGGGAACAGGACCCCCACAUCCGGCCCCCCUUCGCUGCCAUCCUGGAGCAGCUGACUGCUAUCGAGGAGGCGGUGAUGGCCACCAUGCCCCGGGAGUCCUUCCACUCCAUGCAGGAGGACUGGAGAGUGGAGAUACAGGAGAUGUUCGAUGAGCUACGGACGAAGGAGAAGGAGCUGCGUUCGCGGGAGGAGGAGCUGACGCGCGCCGCCCUGCAGCAGAAGUCUCAGGAGGAGCUGCUGAAGAGGCGCGAGCAGCAGCUGGCUGAGCGCGAGAUCAACGUGCUGGAGCGGGAGCUCAACAUCCUCAUCUUCCAGCUCAACAAGGACAAGCCCAACGUCAAGAAGAGAAAGGGCAAGUUCAAACGCAGCCGACUCAAGCUGAAGGACGGGAACCGCAUCAGCCUGCCGUCGGAUUUCCAGCACAAGAUCACAGUCCAGGCCUCCCCCACCAUGGACAAGAGGAGGAGCUUCAACAGCAGCAGCUCCAGCCCCCCUAGCAGUCCCACACUCAUCCCCCGCCUCAGAGCAAUACAGCUGAGCUCCUUCAGCAGCCAAAGGGGCAGUAUGUUUGUGUACCACCAGGAUGUGGAUAUCACCAGCGAGUGCCUGCCUCCCACUGGCUUUCAGAAGAAAGUGACCCUGGACGAGAGCAACAGGACCUGGGGCCGCAGCACCAUUUACAAGCCCGAGGAGUUCGAAGACGUCCGGAAAGGGUUUAAGAAGAAGGUGCGCACGUGGGGGCCCAGCUCGGUUCAGACGAAGGACCGGCCCACGGGCGCAGAGAGAGUCCGGCCUCUGUCUGAUGGCAGCAACCCCUGGUCCACCAGCUUGAUGAAGACGCAGAAGUCUGUGCCGCUGGCAGCCUUAUUCGUGGAGCAGGGGAUGAAUCCAGAAGAACCGUGUGCUGGUGAAGGUCUGGACGGCAACAAACCAAAGCAGCUGAAGUUCCCCAGUCAGGUGUACAUCGAUCUACCUCUGUGGAAGGACGAGCCGGGCGAGGGCGGGGCGGCCGUGGAGAGCCAGGAGGAGCCCGCCACCUCGGCCAGCUCGGCCAGCACCACGCCCCAGGUCACUCCCACCAACAGCCUGAAGCGGGCGGGGCGGCGGCGCACUGACGCGGCGCUGUACGGCUGCGCCUCGCUGCUGGCCCUGGUGGCGCUGGGCGGGGACCUGCGGGAGGCGGGCGGGGAGGAGCCCGAGCCGCGGGAGGAGAGGAGGAGGCGCGAGGGCCUGUUCCAGCGCGCCACGCGGUUCCGCCGCAGCUCCAGCCCGCCCGCCGGCCGCGCCCGCCGGGACGACGCCCCGCCCGCCCUGACCGCGCCCUCCGCCUCCACGCGCUGCCUCCUGCUGCCCGACGCCGAGGGCCCGGAGACCGGCCCCCUGAAGGAGGGGCCCCCCUCCAACUGGCCGGCCCCCAAAGCCCCCGCCAAGCCCGACCCCCUGCCCCCGCCCCCCGCCUCCGACCACAGCAGCAGCACCUGGCUGCGCCGCAGGAAGACCACGCCCUCCUCCACGCACAUCAGUAAUGGCACCAACGCCCACGCGGCCCCCACACUGCCCCCCGCCCCGGCCCCCGAGGCCGCUGUCCCGGAGAGGAAGAGGCCCGAGGCAGACAGCGCCCCCGACAGGCCGCGGCCCCUGUCCCUCAGAGGGAAGCCCCACUCCUGGGGCCUCCUGAGGGGCCGCAACAAGAGCUACUCCCUGGGCCACUACUCCGGGGAGAAGAGCGCCCGCAGCCUGAACAUCCUGCUGUCGGCCGAGGCCGGGGCCGGCUGCUCCCUGCUGGACGUGGACUCGGAGGGGCAGAAACGGGACUGCACCGUGCCGCUGUGCCGCAUCCAGAGCUCCCCCGGCCGGCCCUCGCUGUACGAGCUGUCCUGAAACCCCCCUGCUGCGCUCCUGCCGACCGCCGUUUUAUUUAUGUACAUCUCUGCUGGUUUAUUUAACGUGAGGGGACUCUUGACCACUGCCAAUAGCUUGGGAAUCAACACAUCCUGAAUUAGUUUUGAUUAUGCAGAAACACCCUGGUUUGGUUUUCUUUUGCCUUCGCAACAGAUUUUCGCUUCCAAGUUAUGUCAUCACACAAAGACUUCUCUGAAGGGCACUGAAUGGAAAUGUAAUGUCCUGUAUUUGUUUCUUGUUUUUUUCCUACGUUGAAAUUGUGAAAGUGCUUUGGCGCUAUUGUGACCGUAUCAGACGGCCUUCGUGCAGUGUUAGCAGAUACCAGUGUUUGAUAAAUGCCAGGACAAGCUACAGCCAAGACGAUAUCACAUGUCUCAGACUGACUUCCUCCAGGAAGCUUCACUGGAGCUCAAGUGACAGAUUAGUGUAGGGUAAUUCACCGGGGACUGUAAAACUGGAGUGCCCCUACCAGCUGCUAUUUAUGGUAGAGUGAGCUUGAAUGUGUAUAUUAUGCUUAAAAAACAGGUUGACCUGUAAAUUCUGCCGAACAAACAGUACAUUCUUGUUAAAUAGACGUGACAGAAAGUUUCUAAAAGGUUUAGGAUUGUAGGACGUCUAAGGGGUAACCGAUGCAGACUACCUGUCUGAAUGUUUGGGCGAGUUUACCCGAAAAUAGCUUUUUUCGUAUUUUUCUUUAACCCGUUAUUUCUGUUUGUGAACAAAACUUUUCUGGAUAUUGUAUCAGAAAUGUUCUGGUUUAAAGAACAAAGACCAUGACUGCAGGCCAGCAAAGAUACGAGGAUUUGUUCUGCGUUUACCUUCUCUGCGAGAUCAGAGUCCGACUCACGGCAUUGGCUUGCAGGUAUCCUGCACGUAUUAAGCUAUUUACUUUUUACAUAUUGUUCAAUUUUACAGUGAUCCAUUUCCCCCCUCUGCCCCAAUUUCCCCAACUGCAAUAAUUUUAUCUUGAAUAAUUCCUUUGUCUUCAAAAUAACAUUUGCUGUGGUAUUCAUACUUACGAUAAGGAUGAAGGACAACAUAUUAUAAAAAGAAUCAUGGGUAGUAUUCUGUUUUAACGGUACUUAUUGUGAGACUCACUGUACCCACUUUCAGUCUUAAAGUUCAACACUCCAAGACAAGUGUCUUCUAAUGCUGGGUGCCAUGUUCACUUGUCAUUUUAAUAUUAAAUGAAAUUAAAUAUAUGCUGCAGCAUCUUAAACAAAGCUUGUCUUUGUAAAGAUUGUCCGUUUAGUGUUGGGUGGUACUGAAAAAAGUGUCUGGUCAGUAACUUGUGCCUCAGUUCUACAAACUGUGAUGCCCAGCCUGUGGAAUUCACCGGAAUAAAACCACAGUGUUCUUUCACUUGAAUCGAUGAGGGCAUUGAAGUAAAAGCAAUAAUCCACUUGUCCAAUUUACACUUUUAACGACAAUGAAAUUGUGUUGAUUUGCUACACUUUUAAUGACAAUGAAACCAGUAUCCUUAUGGAUUCCUUCAUAUCCCUCUUGCUGUUAUUAAGCAGUCUCAUUUCUCAAAUUUGUACUUCAACCAAAUGUUUAGCGCAUGCUAAAGCAUUCCAAAUGAAUGGAGAGAAGGCGUGUUACUGAAAGUGUUGGGGAAACGUCUCCCGACACAGACACAUUAUAAAGACUAUGCAAAAUGUGGUUUCUUGUCCAUCAUUAACCAUCAUUAAACUGUUUGGCCGCCAGUUUUUCUGCUGAAUUACUGAAACGAUAUGACUAUUCACAGUUCAAAACGUGCCUAAACACUCACCUUGACAAAAAAAAAAGUCCAUGCAGAUCUGACCGAUUUUAACCAUUUUUACCAACAAAUAUAACCUUGCGUUGUGGCCAGUUUUGAAAGUAUUUGUUUAUAAUUAUCUCUGAAGAGCUUUUUAUUAAAACACAAUCUCAGGUAGAUAUUUUGGCGGGGAGCUUGUUUCUUGCUGUCUAACGGUGACAGGUCAUUUGCCAGAACAUAUCAAUAUGAGUAAUGUACCUGCUCCAAUUCUGUAUUUGUUUGUCUUUUGUACAAAGCUUUCUCCAGCCUGAAUGACCACUGUUCAAAUCAUGUUAGGAGUACUGUAAAAAAUUUUAUGAGCACUUUCUGUAAAAAAAAAAAAAGAAAAAAAAAAGAACUAAAUAUGAAAUACUGAGACUGAAGUCUCACCUGUAACUCGCACCCGUAACUCUCCCCGGAGGCUGUGGGUCAGAACCACAGCCAUGGUACGAUUCUGGGUGUGCUGCAGUGAGUCUGCUGCUGGAAACACACCCGCCGUUUAAAGUGGGCCUUGCUCUCAGUUAGCAAGCCUUCCCUCACCAGUCUUUGUACUUUAGCUGUUUAGCAGCACUGCCGUUUCAUCUGUUUUCUUGUACUACAGCUCUGACGGAAACUGUCUCAGCUUUUUAGUGAAAUUCCAAAUCGUGCAUUUUUUUUAUAUUACAGGACCACUUGGUACAAAACUUUGCAUUGACAUGCAGCAUAAAGAAUAAAACUGCGUCAGAAAUAUCGACACGGCAUGUGGUUUACAUGUUCUGUAUGUGUGGACUUCCGGAAUAUGGAUUUUUUUAGUAUGCUUCUUAUUUCUACCCAAAUGAAGGUACUCCAGUGUAAUUUCAUAUUGCAAAUAAUUUAAUGUUAUGUUUUUUUUUUUUCGUUUUUUUUUGUGUGGUUUGUUUUGUUUUUUUGUGGGAUUGACAGGAGUAUUCUGUGAUCACAAUAUUCCCUGUGAGAAUAACUCAAUUUAUGUAUGGAUUCAUUGGCAUUUUUCCUGAAUAUCUUGUGAUUCAGUUUGAAUGUUGUGUGUGGACAUUCAAUCAUAAAGGGGCACAAGGGGUCCUUUCUAGACUGAUCAGUCAGAUGUGAAUAUUGUUAUUUUAUACCACUGAUAAAGGUAGAAGACUUUGUGUGGGGUGUCAAUUUGGGGUGCAGUCUCCACUUCUAAAGACGAGUCAAAGCAAACAAACACAACUGUACACCUUCAGAAUGCCCCAGAGCUGGGAUUUAGUUUAAAUUUUAUCCUGUUUAAUAAGGGUUCAUUUUGUACUCAAAAAAGGUAGCCUGUGCCGGAGGCAAAAUGGACAUGGGUGUGGCAAACAUCAUUUACUGUGUGUGUGUGCGUGUGCGUGUGUGCGCGUGCCUGUCUGUCUGUCUGUCUGUGUGUGUGUGUGUGUGUGUGUGUGUGUGCGCACGUGUGUGCCUGCCUGUCUGUUUGUGUGUGUGUGUGUGUGUGUGUGUGCGUGCGUGUGUGUGUGUGAGCGUGCACAUGUGUGGGCGCAUACUCAUGUGUGUGUGUCUGUGUGUGGGCGCAUGCGUAUGUUUGUGUGUGUGUGGGUGCACAUGCAUGCGUAUGUGUUUGUUUGCAUGAGAAAGCCGUUCCUGUGUCCUUGUUUGUUCUCUCCAAAAUAAGGACAGAUGAACAAUAAUCUGUCCUCUCUUCUGUAAUGACCAGGGACCAAACAAGCCUGUCUGCUGUGUCAAUAAUAUCCUCACCAAAGCUUCUGUUACCUGUAUGUCACGAGGGACACAAAUACAUUUUAAAAAAUAUUUUCUUUUAAAAAAGGUUGUUUUAUGAUGUAAAUGUCAAAUUGACAGAUGUAUUUUUUAAACACGUAUUGCUGCAUAGUGUCUGUACUGUUUGUGACUUUUUUCUCUUUUUUUUUUUGCUUCCUUGGAUGGGAAAUAUUCCAGCUUUGUUAUUUAUGACAGCUAGCACAGAUAAUUUGUUUUGUAUUGUUUUGUUACAAAAAUGACUGUUUGAGUUACCACUAUGUCUGUCCAUUCAGCAUUAUCAGUGUUAAAAUGAUCCAUCUGUCCAAUGUAAAUAACCUCUCAAACCACGUAUGUGAAGGAAAAGCUUGAUCACUGUAUGAUGCUGAAAACGUUCCGUAACAACACUGGAUACCACAAACAACUGGCCCCAAAUGACCUUGUUUAGAAGCGUUUAGGGGUCAGAGCCUUGGCAAAGCUCUGUUCCUGAACCGUUGAACAGUACGGUUUGGUUUACAGAGCCAGACGCUGAAACCCUGUUACAGGACCCAAGUUUAUUUUACAGAAAGCAAUACUGCACUUGUAUUCAUCUGUCACAGUAGAGUAAACUGGAAAGUAGAAUCAAAACGACCACACUUAUGUCCACAGAAUACACACCGCAAGCCGUUUAACUAUGAAUGAUGUCAGAUGUGUUGUAACUGAAGUAAUUGCUCAAAAUUAAUAGCAUUUUGAGUGUUCUUUUCUGUUCUGUGCUUCUUUUGGUUUUGUUACCAUAUGUAAAGCAACUUCAAUAAAAAUGAUCCAAGAUGCAUCAUUUGUGUGGAAUAAAAACCAUUGGAGCUGA